AUGAAUAAUCCAUUGUGUGAUCAAAACAUUGCCAUCGAUUCGGCAUUUGUGGACAAAUACACUGAUUUGGGAUCAGAUGUCAUCACUUUGUUUGCAGACAACACUGUCUAUCAAUUGACUGUCAAUACAACGGAUCCCAUAAAUCCUGUCUUCGUAUACAACAGAUCCCAAUCAGUGGACGAGUGGUCGGAAGGCAUCGUCGGUCCCAUUAAUAGUACAAUUAAGACAUCGGCCGUCGAUCGCAAUCAAACACUAUAUGCAAAACAAAUCUAUUUUGAAACUUUGGUUAAACAGCCGUUUAAAUGGAUUAGAAGUGUAUUAUUUUACAGGAAAAGUCAAUUUCAUAUUAUCACAUAUGAUCAUGGUAACGGAUCUACCAAUUGGCCACUUAAUCACUAUAAUCUGAUCCAAGAGUACCAGAAGAAUGGCAAUAAUAAUCAUACCGUCGAUGAGAUCGAGAGUUAUUUGUCAAAAACUACGGCUGGUUUUGCAUUCAAUGACUACUUUUAUUUGUUUGCCGGAAGUCUUGUCUGUCGUAUGAAUAACAAGACUAUUGAGUUUGAAGACAAUUGUUUGACACAAACUAUCGCUCAAUGGAUUGGUUGCGAAGACAAUGCAUUAGAUCCGACUGACAGUAAAUACACAAUGAUUUUGAUAUUAAUGAUCAUUUUGGUGGUCAUAACUGCACUGAUUAUAGCAUUUAUAACGUAUAAACUUUGGACGAGAUCUGCGCCCAAAGGUUACCAAAAAUACAAAACCAAACAAAAACAUCGACAGACCGUCUCUUCGGACACAGAAUCGGGUAAUAAGUCUUUGAAUGCAUCGGAAAGUCGAGACCCGAAGGCAUCGAUGUCUUUGUCGUCACUCAAAGACAAGAGACCAACGGAUCUAAAAGUUAAGAGCAAUGAAGAAUCGGUUGGAAGCGUCGGAUCAGAUUAA